CUUGAGACCAAACCUCGCCAGCAGCAGCCACUGCUCUGACCAAGGCUAUGCUCCCUGCACUUCGUAGGGUGGUAUGGACCCAGGUGCUGGGGCAUUGGCGAGGAGGGCCAGUAUGGCGUCGUGUACGGUCGGCGAUGACGACGACGACGACGACGACGACGACGGCGGCGGCGGCGGCGGCGGCGGCGGUGGCGGCGGCGGCGACGACGACGACGACGAUGAGGAGGGGGAGAAGGACGAGGUUGUUGGGCAAGUACCCAUCACCGUUGUCACCAUAUGGAGAGGUCGGCAGGAGCAUGGUGGGCAUGGGUGUAGGCAUGGGUAGUAUUCGGUGGUCAACAACUGCGACCAUUGAAACGCUCUCAAGUCCAUUGACUCUCGACGAUAUGCCCGGCGUUGGCGGCCGUGGCUAUCUCCCGCAUGACGUGCAGGAUGGCGAUCAGCUGCGUGUUCUGUUUGUGGUCAAGCGGCAUGAUGCCGGUACGGCUGCCUUUGCUGCAUCGGUCAUCGACUGGCUCCACUCCUCGGCCUCGCCCCCGGUCCAGUGCUUCAUUGAGCCGACCGCAGCAGGCCCCACCGGCGAGCCGGUCCUCGUCCGCCGAGCGCCGUCUGUAGCCACGCUUGGCCGUCGCGGCUGGCAAACGAACAUCGAUCUGGUUGUGGUGUGUGGCGGCGAUGGCACGCUCCUCCAUGCCCAGACCCUGUUCCAGGGCCCAGCUCCGCCGUUGGCCGCCUUUUCGUGCGGCUCGCUCGGCUUCCUCAUGCCGUUCAAGCCGCCCGAGGCGCGAGUCGUCCUCGAGGCUAUCCUCUCGGGCUCGCUUGGUGUCCUUCGGCGCUCACGGCUCGAGUAUGCCAUCGAGCACGUGCUAGACGUCGGCGACGGCGAGGCGCCAGUCUCGACCCAGGUCGCCCCGGCCAUGCAGAUCCUCAACGAGGUGGUCAUCAAGCGACCGCACGACUUUCUAGGCGGUGUCACCGAAAUCGCCUGCGGCAUCGACGGCAACGAGCUGGCUCGUUUCCAGGGCGACGGCCUCAUCGUGGCCACCCCUACUGGCUCGACCGCGUACUCGAUGGCUACCGGCGGCUCGAUCGUUCACCCCUCCAUCGACUGCAUCCUUGUCUCGCCGCUCUGCUCCAUGACCCUCUCCUCUCGCCCGAUCAUACUCCCGGGCUCCGCCACUGUCACUCUCUCGCCGCUCAAGUCAGCUGCCUUUCUCGAAGGUCGUUGGGGUCAGCGGCUUGAGCCGCGCGACGUCGUCGUCAUCACCCGCUCGCCCUACCCGCUCUACACCUACCUCCGCUCCGGCAUCACCAACAACUGGGUAGCAGACCUCUCUGAGAACCUCAUGUACGAACGCCAGGUCCGAGUCCACGCCCGCUACUCGCCCACCGACCCAGCAGUUUUUGCCUCGCAGUUUGAGACACCACCGCGGACUCGCAAGGUCACUGCCUCACUCUCGCCGCCCGCGGUCAAGCCGGAGAGCUAGUCAGUAGCCGCCGGUUGCGUCCUCUCGUCGGCCUCGUCCGGCCUACCGCGCAUCACCACCGACGUCCGCGACAUCGUUGCUGCCCGCUUCAGCCCACCCCUGUCCGGCGAGCCGGUUUCAAGUGUCGGCUCCGAGCCGAGCUGGACAAGCUUGGCGUCCGGCUCGGCAAACCGCACGCUGGUCGAGCCGGCGGCGAUCUUGUGUCGGGCGCGCACAAACCGCCGCUCCUCGGCCACUCGCAGCGCGUCCUUGAUCCCGUACAGGUUCUUCUCGUCCGCAAUGCCGUAGGGGGUGAGGCCCUCGAACGAGACGGCACGCACGUCUGCUCCGUACUCGAGAAGCAGCUCGACCAUCGAGAGCGAGCCACCAGACGUCGCCACGUGCAGCGGCUGCGAGCCGCCUUGAUCUGCUACGUUUGGGCUCGCGCCAUGGACAAGCAGCCGUCGCGCCGCGUCGAGGUGGCCCUGGUACGCCGCGUUGAACAGCGCAGUCUGUCCGUACUUGUCGCGCUUCUCCAGAUCCACGUCUGUCCGCAUCAGCAAGUGGUCCAUCAGCUCCAGGUGAUUGAACCGUGCUGCCAGAAUGAGCGCCGUGUCGCCGUCGUCGUCGUUGUCGUUGACAGACACCCCCUUGUUCUCAAUGAGCCACCGGACCGAGUCGACAUCGCCGACUUUGGCCGCCUGCGCAAUCGAGCUGAACAUGCCGUCGUCGCUGCCGUCGCUCGGGUGAGAUCCCACUCUACGCUGCCGGCAUCCGCCUGUCAUGUCCCAGCCCGAGCGCCCUUGCACCGCCGAGCUGGUGGCCA